CUGCCAUCUGUUAGUAUUCAUAUGAAAGAGAAUCUGAACCUUCUCUCAGUUCCUGAAGAAAUUUUAGAGAGCUUACUUAAAGUUGGUUUCCCCUACAGGCCGUUAUCGGCCGGUCGUUUUGGUUACUUCACUGCGGGGGUGAUGGGCAGGUGAUUUGAAGGAGCAGGAAGAUGAUGGAAAUCCUGCAAGGUUUUAUCAUGCAGGAUUAGGCAUUUUGAGUUUUAAAACUCUCAAAGAAAGCUAUGAAAUAAUGACAUCUGCAGAAUCCCGGCAGCGUCCAUAUAAAGUAUGGAGCUGUGACAGACAAACUAGAAAAGCUGUCAUGGCAUCGAAUUUAAGAGAACUGCGAGAAAGAGGAUCAUCCAGACUAGGAUUGCCUGGUGUAGAUGUUAAACUAGUACUGGAGAGUGAUGGAACAGAAGUUGAAGAUGAUAUUUAUUUUCAAACAAUAGACAGGGAUACUAUAUUUAUUCUCCUUUGCCCAGGGGAAAGGUGGCUACCCCCUGGACUUGAAGCACUUAGAGCUGCCAUAACUGCCAUACCUCGCAUUGUCUGUGAGACGAUAAAUAGCAUGGAAUUGAUUGACAAGCAGCCUUCUUGGAAAAUAAUGGAUAAUAAGGGAAGGAUUACGGUAGUUUUGCAUUGGGAUCAGCGUGACAUGCGAAGGCCCGGAGCCGACGGUAGAAGUCGACACGGAGAUAAGGAGGCAUUUUGGAGGGUGGAAGUGUGUUCGAGUGAUGUUCAGACUGCUGACAGUGCCACUUCAACGACUGAGGGGAACAGUGUUCCUCGUUCUAAGCUCACACUCGAAGGUCUAGGUCCAAGGCCUUCAUCAAGAAUGCUUCCACAGACUGAUGACAAAGACAACAGUCCAGAACACGAUCACUCUCUUUGUGACUUUCACUGUUCGGCUCUCCACGAGAAAGGUGCUCAAAUUCAAGUCAAUAAGUCCGUCGCUACCUCGCCCAUUCAAGAAGUGCCCGAGGGGACUGCUAUUGCUAUAUCCACUGCCACGUCUUCUGGAGGCGUUACCAAGAUCAAAACCGGUAAGGGACACGUGCGCUUCUUGGACGUUGCAGAAGAAUCAAAAAUCCCAGCUCAAGACGAAUCAGAAUCCGACACGGAGAACACGGCGAACGAGGAGGAGCAGCUGUCGGAACGUUACUUGUUACUCGUCGAUCAACUUUCGUUGGAACAAAAUCGCCAUCUUGGUGUCAAGGAUAUUGGCAUCAUUUUGGAGAGAUUGAGCUCAAAGAUAGUUGAUGUGGAUAGGCUAGAAAGAGAAAGGGAGAGUACGGAUGUUCAUAACUGGACAAUCAAGGCCACUAUAAGAGGUGAGGUCCUUAGAGAAAUAGGAGUCAUUUACAAUGGACAGUAUUAUGGCAUAAUGGAACAUCCAGGGUACUUUUGAUGCAUCGCUAUUGCUGGUAAAGCUGGAAAUUUCAUAAUUUGUUAUGUAUUUGACCUAUAGAAGCGGUGCUUGAGCCAUCGCAUGGUCUUGCAUAUUAUUGAAUUGAGCGAAGAGGAUAUAUAGUUUAUCGCGCCAGUAUAUAGUAUCUCAAGGUAGUCCAAUCUGUCGCAGAUGAUGGUGAUUUGUAAUGCGGUAUGAAAUAGCAGUCACUGCCAAUUGGGUUUGUAUUGGAAUAAAACUUUAUAUAUGCUGUCCCUGAUCUCAUUAACUAUAUUGUUGAUCUAUGAAUAUAUAAUUAAAAAUACUGCCUCUUAGUUACUUAAAAAUGUUGCUUUUUUUAAAGCAGCUCCACUUAAAUGUUAUGCUACUUAGGACUUGUUUUUUUUUAAGGAAAAAAAAAGAAAUUACCUUUGAAUGUAUGUAUGCUCCUCUAUCUGUGUGAUGAUUUACUUUGUUAGAUAAGAAUUUUUAUAUUGUGAGUUUUAGCAUGUUUCAAAGUAUACUAAUUUGUUUGUUGUUGACCAAAGUGUUCCUAUGAAUAAUGCUUUAACAACACUUUGGAUUUGGAAAUAGCAGCAGAAAUAAAUUUAGUCACGAGGAAAUAAAAGGGUCAGGGACAGCCUUGUUAUUUUGAUUUUGAAGAUUUAAUCACUGCCAUAA